AUGUCUGGCAGGGGUGGCGGCGAGACGGACAAGGACCUUGCUGGCGUGGGGCCACCGCCCAAGAGGGCCAGGGGCGAAGCGGCUGCUCCAAAAGCAGGUGCUAAUUCUACUAUUCGGGUGUGCUUGGUGUGCCGGAAGAGCGACCAGGACGUCGAAUGGCCCAAGACGCCUGGCGCGCCACCUGACGCAUGCUUGGUCUGCUUCACCGUGUAUGGCCCUGCACAGCUCUUCGUCAAGUGGAAUGACUGGGCGGCGUCGUGCCAUGCAGGAGGCGCGCACAAGGACAGCGUCGACGACGCCAGGAGGCUCCACCCGAACAUGCAGGCAGCAUCGCAAGCCUUGGCGCCAGUCGAGGUUUCGGACGGCGCGGGCACUAUCGUCGAGAUCUUCCGCGAGGGCAUGUGGAUGCCAGCGGCUAACAUCAGCGGGGAGACGCAGAAGAGCACCCCGAAGCAGCUCAAGAUCGGCGACCCCCUCAAGCUCACAUUCUUGGAUGGCCAAGAGUUGAAGGGCUACAUCUUCAACGACAAGCCAGGCGCCGCAGGGGACCUCAGGAUAAGGGUUGGCGUGCAGGCGAGAGUCGAUUCGAGGAAAGUCACCUUGCCCCUGGCUGGCCAGGUCGUCCAAGGCCUCGGGGGCCUCGCAGUCAAGCGCGCGAGGGACCACGACACGACGGGUGCGCACGCCAAGGGUUUCCUUUCUUUCUUGGAGAAUGGCGCGAUUGCGUGGGCCGACAUUCUUGCGAGGGGCGAGAGGGCCCACAGAGGCCGCCUUGCGCGCCGCUCGGGCAGGAUCCCUGGUGAUGAGGACGAAGACUACGAGCACGUCGCGUCCGACGACGGGGCAGAGGUCGACCCCUUCGCAUCCCCAGCGCCGUCCCGCGUUGCAUCGGGGAGCGGUGGCUCCCCGAUGGACACCGGAGGAUCUGGCUCCGCUGCGGCUGCGGCUGGGGCCGCUGCGGCGGGCACGGGUUCUGCGCCGCCUUCGCGCCCGCCCUCGAGCCCAACUCCUUCGAGCCCGAGGGUGCCUGUGACGAAGCCACCUCAGCGCACCGCGAAGAUCCACAUCGCCGUCGAUGGCUUGAAGAAGGCCGUGUUCGAGGUGGCCAUGGACUGGAGCACCAGGGCUCAUGAUGAUGACGGCGGUUCCGACAACGAUGACGACGGAGCUUCGUCGGUCAGGUCGAGCGGGGCUGGCAGCGCGGCGGGGUCUGCAGCAAGGGGGGACCGCACCUCCAGGGGUGGCAAGAACCCGACGUAUUGGACAGAGAAGCUGAAGGUCUUGCACGCGCUUUUGGGCACUACUGACAAGCGCGACGUGCACCACGCUAGUGAGUGCGCCGCUAAGUUCAUGCUGAAGUUCCCGAACGAUGACACAGCUCCGAAGCUCCAGAAGCACCUGAUUCGCAUCGGCGUCCUCCUGGAGAUCUCUCCAGCAGAAGUCCCCUCUACGGCAUGGCCAGACAUUAGGAAGGCGUACCUGGAGAUGUGCGUGAUCGAGCAUCCCCCCCUUGGUGUGGGGCUGCUUGCGCUCGUGGGCAAGAGAGCUACUGAGCUGGCUACCGCGUCUACCUCGGGCAUGAGCAUUAGGGAGACGGACAUCAAGGACCUUGCGGCAUGCGUCACGCCGUGGCGUACAGAAGGUGCAGCAACAGCUGAUGAGCCAGCCAUGUUUGAUGCCCUGCGCCCUCAGAUCCACCCGAUUGCUCCGAUCCUGACUGGCGCCGUGCAGGCCCACACGAUGGCGAAGUUCCUCGUUCAGAAGUUCGUGUGCCCGAUCAUUUCCUCAACCAACAACGAGAACAUAUCAUCCCACAUGUCGGCGGUCCGCACUCUCACGACUCUUUUGGAUUUGCCCGAAGACGUCGACGUCCAUCACGAAGUCAUGUCCUUAUGCGACAGCCUCUACUUGAGCUUUGGCGCUUUCGAGGCCGUGCUCUGCGUCGGCAUCACGACUGACACCAGGUUCGAUUACCUUUGCGACGUGGGCACAAGGUUCGUCGUGCGGCUCACUGCCAUGGACGAUACCGCCGAGAUCGAGGAGUGGACAAACACGAUGACUGAAGCGUUGAACUACUUUAAGCAAUACGCGAUGCUCUUCCCGCAAGAGUCGUGUGAGAAACUGGAGGAACUCAUCCAUUCUACUGGAGCAACGUUGUUCGACAAGCUGAAGCAGGCACCGACCACUGAUGACGAUAAAUCGGCUAAGCUCUCGACUGACGCACAGCGCCUUUUCCAGAGUUGCUGGACGGCGUUCCCAACCUUCGAGCAGCACGACAUGUUCAUCCAGGGUUGUGCCGAGAUCUUGAGCAGCAGUGUCAACAAGAAUUUCACAGCGACAGUUUGUAAUCUUCUCGAAGAACUCCUCAGUGCCUCCGAAUCCGCACGCGACGCUGAUCCUCUCGUGACGCUGGUGCAGGUCUUGGAGGAGCGCAGCGGCCUGCUCUCCGCGGACGAGUUCGAGAAAGGCGAGGCCGCCCUUUUGAAGAUCGCCAAGAGUAUAUUUCGCACGAUGGCCAAUCUCCUUGACGAUCAGGACGGGGGGCCACAGUUCCUUUUCACAGACAUACUUGCUGUGUGCCGCGUGCUGUGCAAGGUUUUGAGUGGGUGCAUGCGCGCCUGCAGUGAGGAGAACAAGAAAUGCGUCCGCACCCUGUACACCACUACGGAGUACAUCGUGGACGUGCUGGAGAGGGUACGGCCUGCGGAACCAGAUAAGAAGGAAGUCGAUGUUCAGCACAUCGUCGCCAUGGAGAUGGGGUCUGCACUCCAAUUGUCUCGCAGCGUCAAAUCGUUGAAGGGAUCCUGCAAGUCGGUCGUUCUCGAGGGUGCUCCUGUAUCUGAAGUGGCAGAGAAGUUAUCCGACAUGUGCGCCAAGGCGCUCGUGGAGGCUGGUCGCCAUCACACCUCCGAGCUCGUCACCAAAAACGCCCCACUCAUCGAGAACCUCUUCCGCGUGUCUGAGGCCAGGGCCGAGGGCAGCGACAACAUUUGGUCUAGAGACCUCCCCGAUACAAACAAAGAUUGGGACGCCUUCUGCGAAUCGUGCCGGGGCUCGCUGCUGAAGCUAGACGCGGACGAGCUGUCUAAGCUCAUCUCUAACUGCGAGGUCGAGAAGGAGAAGUACGCCGAGAUCAGGAACAUCUUCGGUGGCGACGACACGGAGUGGCUGGAUAUGAAUGGGGCUCUCGUCCAGGCUCGCGUUGCCGACACCGCCCACCGGCUCAUGAGGAUCGACUUGGACAAAUCGAUGGAUAAGCCGUCGAUGCGCAGUGCGACGUUGGCCGAGGUUCAGAGCCACGCGAAGAACGGCAUCACGAAGGACGUGCUCCCAGCCUUGCUCGUGCGGCGCAUGCAGGCUGCCAUGAAGCUGCAGGCGCUCCCUUGA